AUGGUCUCAUUCAACACCGUCUUAAGUUUAGCCUUGGCUAUUUCUACUACAUACUCCUUUUCUCUCUUACACGAUGACCAAGGGUAUGCUAUUUUACCACCAACUGAAAAAGUGUUAGAGUACUUAAAAGAAGUAGGUAAAACGGAGUCAUCAAAUCAUUACGAAGUUGUCAAUACCGUUCAUGAAGAUGGUGAAAUAAUUCAAGUUAAUUUACACAGUCACGAGAUGAAGAAAACUGGAAAAUACAAACACAACUAUGACAAUUCUUGCUACAACAAUAGAUCCAAAAGAGAUGCUGUUUUCAACAAGAGAGUGAUUGAAGAUUUAGAAUUAAAACAUUGUUUUAAUGAGGAGUAUGAAUUAGAAACUUCUCAAUGUGGAUUUGACUUUGUUAGUUAUGAUGGUGCUACUAAUUGUACUUCAGACUCGAGCAAAUACUCCUGUAUCUUGGAUAUUAUGAAACAGCAAGAUGCUACCAAGAAACUAAAAGAUAUGGAUACUGUGCCAGCUCAAGUGAGGUGUUACCACGACUUGUCAAUUGCUCAAAAUGACGAAGUCUAUGGUGGUGCUUGUUCCAACUAG